AUGGAUGAAGUGAGACGGUUUCAAAGUACAGAACAUGAACUGAAGAGUGCUAACAUCUCCUCAAUCAGCAUGGAGAAUUUCAUUACAGGCUUUGCGGGCCAUGAGGCCCAGCAUCGUGCGGCCAUGCGUCGAGUUCUCGGAGAGAAGAACUACGAAUACUUCUUCGAUAAAUGGCUUGAAUACUUCUUCACCGAAGCCGAUGCAAAAUUCUUCGCACAGCUUGGAUUGAACUGCCUCCGUCUACCAUUCAAUUAUCGGCAUUUCGAAGACGAUAUGAAUCCCCGCGUACUGAAGACAUCGGGAUUCAAGCACUUGGACCGAGUUGUGGACCUGUGCGCAGCACAAGGCAUUUAUACCAUCUUGGACAUGCACGCCGUCCCCGGCGGUCAAAACCCAGACUGGCAUUCCGACAAUCCGACCGGCUAUGCGGCAUUCUGGGACUAUAAGGACCACCAAGAUCGAACGGUGUGGCUCUGGGAACAGAUUGCAGCAAGAUACAAAGACAACCCCUGGGUUGCUGGGUACAAUCCCCUCAACGAACCCUGCGAUCCGGAGCAUGUGCGUCUCCCGGCCUUCUAUACGCGCAUUGAGAAGGCCAUUCGAGAAAUUGAUCCGAACCACAUACUAUGGCUGGAUGGAAAUACUUUUGCAAUGGAAUGGAAGGGAUUUGACAAAGUUCUGCCAAACUGCGUAUACGCUAUGCACGAUUACUCAUCUAUGGGAUUCCCAACUGGUGAUCCAUACAAGGGAACCUCUGACCAAAAGGACCGCCUAGAGCGCGGAUACCUACGGAAAGCCAAAUUCAUGAGCGAGAAAAAGACUCCCGUCUGGAACGGAGAGUUUGGUCCAGUAUACGCAGACCAGAUCCUUGACGUGGACGCCAAAGCCGUGAACCAGGAGCGGUAUAAUCUUCUCGGGGAACAGCUGCGCAUCUAUGAUAAGUACAACAUCAGCUGGUCGAUUUGGCUCUACAAGGAUAUCGGCCUUCAAGGCAUGGUUUACACAAACCCAGAAAGCAGAUGGAAUAAGACAUUGAAGCCGUUCCUCGACAAGAAGAACAAGCUUUGGCUAGACAAAUGGGGUCAGCGGCCUGCUUCUGAACCAGAGGCUGCACUCAGACCACUGGUCAAUUGGAUCGACAGUGUGAGUCCAACUGCCAAGGAAACGUAUCCUACGUCCUGGAACACCGAGAUGCAUGUUAUGCGCAAUGUGUUCAACACAUUCCUGGCGGCAUCUUUCGUGAAUGAUUUUGCUGAGUUGUUCCGGGGAGCGAGCGAGGAAGAUCUCGAUGAUCUAGCCAGGAGUUUCCACUUUGAGGCAUGCUUAAAACGUGAGGGCUUGAACCAGAUUCUGAGAAACCAUGCGCAUGCCUCUACCUAA